CCGCGGCCGGCUGUCCGCUCCGUAUUAUGAUUAGCGCUGGGUGCGGGGACUCGGCAGCCGGGAGGGAGUCGUCGGCGCCGCGGCCGCUGCGGACGGACGGCCGCCUGCAGGCGCAGGAGGAAGAAACAACAAGCCAAGCAGUGAUAACAAGGAUCAUGCAAUAUGCAGCUUGCGCGAUGUCCAUGGCAACGUAGAAAAUGAAUUCCUUCUUGUUACCAGAAUUUCUUUUAUGAGAAGAUCCGUUUGAAGCAAUCUAAAUAUUUUCUCUUCUGUGGGACCAGCAUGGCAGGAUUCAAGCGAGGAUAUGAUGGAAAGAUUGCUGGGUUAUAUGAUCUGGAUAAAACCUUGGGGCGAGGCCAUUUUGCAGUGGUUAAACUUGCCAGGCAUGUCUUUACAGGUGAAAAAGUGGCAGUGAAAGUUAUUGACAAGACAAAAUUGGACACUCUAGCCACUGGUCAUCUUUUCCAAGAAGUGAGAUGCAUGAAACUAGUGCAGCAUCCCAACAUUGUACGUCUUUAUGAAGUUAUUGACACCCAGACCAAACUGUAUCUUAUUUUAGAACUUGGGGAUGGAGGAGAUAUGUUUGAUUAUAUAAUGAAACACGAGGAGGGCCUUAAUGAAGAGUUGGCCAAGAAGUACUUUGCACAGAUAGUUCAUGCUAUAUCUUAUUGCCAUAAACUCCACGUAGUUCACAGAGAUCUAAAACCAGAGAAUGUGGUCUUCUUUGAAAAACAAGGUCUUGUCAAGUUGACAGACUUUGGUUUCAGCAACAAAUUUCAACCAGGGAAGAAGCUCACAACAAGCUGCGGAUCUCUUGCAUAUUCUGCUCCGGAAAUUCUGCUUGGUGACGAGUAUGAUGCUCCUGCAGUAGAUAUAUGGAGCCUGGGAGUGAUCCUGUUCAUGCUGGUGUGUGGGCAGCCGCCCUUUCAAGAGGCCAAUGACAGCGAGACACUGACCAUGAUCAUGGAUUGCAAAUAUACGGUACCAUCCCAUGUGUCUAAAGAGUGCAAGGACUUGAUCACUCGGAUGUUGCAGAGAGAUCCCAAGAGAAGAGCCUCCUUAGAAGAGAUUGAAAACCACGCUUGGCUCCAGGGCGUGGACCCUUCGCCUGCCACCAAGUAUAAUAUCCCGCUGGUGUCGUACAAGAACCUCUCGGAGGAGGAGCACAACAGCAUCAUUCAGCGCAUGGUGCUCGGGGAUAUAGCCGACCGGGACGCCAUCGUCGAAGCCCUGGAGACAAACAGGUAUAACCACAUCACAGCCACUUACUUCUUGCUUGCUGAAAGGAUCCUGAGGGAAAAGCAAGAAAAAGAAAUACAAACCAGAUCUGCAAGCCCAAGCAAUAUCAAGGCCCAGUUUAGGCAGUCGUGGCCAACCAAAAUCGAUGUACCCCAGGACCUGGAGGAUGACCUCACGGCCACUCCUCUGUCCCACACGACCGUCCCUCAGUCUCCCGCUCGGGCGGCGGACAAUGUUCUCAACGGUCACAGAAGCAAAGGCCUGUGUGAGUCGGCCAAGAAGGACGAGCUCCCCGAGCUGGCAGGGCCCGCGCUCGCCAUGGUGCCCGCGGCAAGUCUGAAGCCGGCGGCCAGUGGCCGGAAGUGUCUUUUCCGCGUGGAGGAAGACGAGGAGGAGGAUGAGGAGGACAAGAAGCCCGUGUCCUUGUCCACGCAGGUGGUGCUACGCCGGAAGCCCUCGGUGACCAACCGCCUGACGUCGAGGAAGAGUGCGCCCGUCCUCAACCAGAUCUUCGAGGAGGGGGAGUCGGACGACGAGUUCGACAUGGAUGAGAACCUGCCGCCCAAGCUGAGCCGCUUGAAGAUGAACAUCGCCUCGCCGGGCACCGUGCACAAGCGCUACCACCGGCGGAAAAGCCAGGGCCGGGGCUCCAGCUGCAGCAGCUCCGAGACCAGCGACGACGACUCCGAGAGCCGCCGGCGGCUCGACAAGGACGGCGGCUUCACCUAUUCCUGGCACCGCCGGGACAGCAGCGAGGGGCCGCCGGGCAGCGAGGGCGACGGCGGGGGCCAGAGCAAGCCGGGCAAUAGCAGCGCUGGGGCGGACAAGGCCAGCCCCAGUGAGAACAACGCGGGUGGGGGCAGCCCCUCCAGCGGCUCGGGCGGCAACCCCACGGGCACGUCGGGCACCACGCGCCGCUGUGCCGGGCCCCCCAACUCCAUGCAGCUGGCCUCGCGCAGCGCCGGGGAGCUGGUGCAGAGCCUCAAACUCAUGAGCCUGUGCCUGGGCUCCCAGCUGCAUGGGGGCACCAAGUACAUCCUCGACCCCCAGAAUGGCCUGUCGUUUUCCAGCGUGAAGGUCCAGGAGAAGUCCACCUGGAAAAUGUGCAUCAGCUCGGCGGGGGGCCCCGGGCAGGCCCCUGCCGCCGCCGUGGGCCGCGUCAAGUUCUUCUCUGACCACGUGGCCAGCACCGCCGCCACCGAGCUAGAGCGGCUCAAGAGCAGGAACCUGAAAAAUAACGUGCUGCAGCUACCUCUGUGCGAAAAGACCAUCUCUGUGAACAUCCAGCGGAACCCCAAAGAGGGACUGCUGUGCGCCUCCAGCCCGGCCAGCUGCUGCCACGUCAUCUGACCCUGGCCCCCAUCCUGCCCUCCCCCCGCACACUUUCUGCUCCCAGCCGAGAGGCCUGGCUCACUGCGCUGCUCCGUUCUGGGUUUUGCCGCCGUCAAGUGGGCGCGUUAGGAGCAAUUAUUUAUUUCGUUGUCAUUCGUUCGCCUGACGAUGUGACCAUGCAUGGUCUUUGUGCAUGCUGCUAGACUCCACUUUUUUUUUGUUGUUGUUGUUGUUUUGUUUUUGUUUUGUUUUGUUUCUGUUUCGUUUUUCCAGCCGAGAAAGGUCUAUUGUGUCAUUCUUACAUUCAUAGUUUCCAUGUGGCUGAUCAGGAUUCAAUUAAAAUAUCAAUUUGGAACCCAACAGAAAUGGAGCACUUAGAAAUUUGAUGUCCUGCACUUAACCUAGAGCAAGGGUGGUGGGGGAU